UUGUUUGUUUGUAGGAAUUGCUUCUGCUGGGAGUCGAACACUGUUUGAUUGAUCUUUACUGUUAAAAGAUUGAAUGAGUUCAUUCAUUGCACUUGAUUUGGAGUAGUGAGUGAAGCAUCCAUCACUGGUUAAACAGCCAACUCGAUAGGAGGGAAAGGAAGGCAAUGUGUAUUUAGUGGAAGAAGAAUUAUAGAAGUGAUUCUACAAUGGGUUUUAAGCCUCUGGUUUGGUAUUGCCGGCCGGUUGAGAAUGGGGCAUGGGCAACUUUGGUGGAGAAUGCCUUUGGUGCAUACACACCCUGUGGAAUUGACAGCAUGGUGGUCUGCAUCUCUCAUUUGGUACUUCUGGGUUUAUGCAUUUAUCGAACAUGGCAGCUCAAGAAGAAUUUUACAGUUAAGAGGUUCUGCCUGAAGUCGAAUUACUAUAAUUAUAUGUUGGGGCUGUUGGCUGCUUAUUGUACUGCAGAGCCUUUGUUCAGGUUGGUCAUGGGAAUUUCAAUUAUGAAUCUUGAUGGGCAGACGAGCCUUGCUCCCUUCGAGAUAGUUUCUCAGCUCAUUGAGGCUCUUGCUUGGUGCUCUAUGUUGGUCGUGAUUGGUGUAGAAACUAAAAUUUACAUCUCUGAGUUUCGGUGGUAUGUUCGAUUCGGCGUCAUUUAUGUUUUGGUGGGAGAGGCUGUUAUGCUCAAUCUUUUUCUGUCAGUCAAGGAAUACUUUAACAGAUCUGUGUUGUAUUUAUACUGCAGUGAGGUUUUAUGCCAGGUCAUUUUUGGAAUCCUCUUGCUGUUUUAUGUUCCUGAUUUGGAGCCCUAUCCGGGUUACACCCCUAUCCAGAUUGAGACUGUUGACGACACUGAAUAUGAAGAGCUUCCUGGCGAGGAGCAUAUUUGUCCUGAGAGGCAUGCCAAUAUCUUUUCCAAGAUAUUUUUUGUCUGGAUGACUCCCCUAAUGCAGCAAGGCUAUAAAAGACCAGUCACUGAGAAGGAUGUGUGGAAACUUGAUACAUGGGAUAGGACUGAGACAUUGUAUAGCAAGUUCCAGAGAUGCUGGCUUGAAGAAUCACAAAGGCCCAAACCAUGGUUGUUGAGAGCAUUACAUCGUAGCCUUGGGGGAAGGUUUUGGUUGGGAGGAUUCUUCAAGAUUGGCAAUGAUCUUUCGCAGUUUGUAGGGCCAGUAAUUCUGAACCUCCUCUUGCAGUCUAUGCAGCGUGGAGAUCCAGCUUGGAUUGGCUACAUCUAUGCCUUCUCAAUUUUUUCUGGAGUGUCAUUGGGGGUGCUAUUUGAAGCGCAAUAUUUCCAGAACGUCAUGCGUGUUGGUUUCCGGCUAAGGUCAACAUUGGUUGCUGCUGUAUUUCGUAAGUCCUUACAACUAACACAUGAGAGUCGCAAGAAGUUUGCAUCAGGAAAAAUAACCAACUUGAUGACCACUGAUGCUGAAACACUUCAGCUAGUAUGCCAGCAGCUUCAUAGUUUGUGGUCAGCUCCAUUUCGUAUCAUCGUAUCUAUGGUUCUUCUAUACCAGGAGCUAGGUGUUGCUUCACUUCUAGGCUCACUGACACUGGUGUUUAUGUUUGCCAUACAGACAUUUGUGAUCAGCAAAAUGCAGAAGCUGUCUAAGGAGGGCUUGCAACGUACAGACAAGAGAAUUGGCCUCAUGAAUGAAAUUUUGGCGGCCAUGGAUGCUGUGAAAUGUUAUGCCUGGGAGCAUAGCUUCCACUCUAAAGUCCAAGGCAUUCGGGAUGACGAGCUCUCAUGGUUUCGGAAGGCGCAGUUACUUGGAGCGUUCAAUAGUUUUCUACUUAACAGCACUCCCGUUAUAGUCACGGUGGUUUCAUUUGGGAUGUUCACUUUGCUUGGAGGGGAUUUGACUCCUGCAAGGGCAUUUACAUCACUCUCACUGUUUGCAGUGCUGCGGUUCCCCUUAUUCAUGCUUCCUAGUUUGAUAACACAGGUUGUAAAUGCAAAUGUAUCAUUGAAACGUCUAGAGGAACUAUUCUUAGCUGAGGAAAGAAUUCUUAUGCUAAACCCUCCACUCAAGCCAGGGUUUCCAGCCAUUACGAUUCGGAAUGGAUUCUUUUCCUGGGAUUCUAAGGCAGAGAAGCCUACAUUAUCAAAUAUCAAUUUGGAUAUUGCAUUUGGUAGCCUAGUGGCAGUUGUUGGCAGUACUGGGGAAGGAAAAACAUCACUGAUAUCAGCAUUGCUUGGGGAGCUACCUCCCAUUUCAGAUGCAACUGUUGUAACUCGGGGAAGUGUGGCAUAUGUCCCUCAAGUUUCAUGGAUUUUCAACGCAACUGUACGUGACAAUAUAUUAUUUGGAUCUGCCUUCGAUCCAGCACGAUAUGAAAGGGCAACAGAGGUGACUGCACUUCAACAUGACCUUGACUUACUGCCUGGAGGUGAUCUCACAGAGAUUGGUGAAAGGGGGGUGAAUAUUAGUGGUGGGCAGAAGCAAAGAGUUUCCCUGGCAAGAGCUGUCUACUCCAAUUCAGAUGUCUACAUAUUUGAUGACCCUUUAAGUGCUCUUGAUGCUCAUGUAGGCAGACAGGUGUUUGAUAAAUGUAUCAAGGAGGAACUGCUUGGAAAAACUAGAGUGCUUGUCACUAACCAACUACACUUUCUCCCACAUGUGGACAGGAUUCUCCUGGUUCAUGAAGGCAUGGUGAAAGAGGAGGGAACCUUUGAGGAACUUAAUAAUAAUGGGGUGUUGUUCCAAAAGCUAAUGGAAAAUGCAGGGAAAAUGGAGGAAAAUAUGGAAGAAAAGGAAGGACAGGACCACAACCAAAAGAGCUCAAAACCAGCUGUCAAUGGGGAAGUGAAUGGGCUAUUAAAAAAUGAAAGCAGUACAAAUAAAAGGAAAGUUAAAUCUGUUCUUGUCAAGGAGGAGGAACGUGAAACUGGUGUUGUCAGUUGGAAUGUUCUGAUGAGGUAUAAAAAUGCCCUUGGUGGUGCAUGGGUAGUUAUGAUACUCUUUACCUGUUAUGUGUCAACGGAAGUUCUUCGAGUUUCAAGUAGCAAUUGGUUAAGUAUCUGGACUGAUCAAAGCGCCUCGAACAGAUAUGGUCCUGGAUUCUAUAAUAUGGUCUAUAUGAUUCUAUCUUUUGGCCAGGUAUUAGUAGCACUGGCAAACUCUUAUUGGUUGAUCACUUCAAGUCUUUAUGCUGCGAAAAGGUUGCAUGAUGCCAUGCUUCAUUCCAUUUUAAGAGCUUCAAUGGUGUUCUUCCAGACCAACCCUAUUGGGCGGAUAAUCAAUAGGUUUGCCAAGGAUCUAGGCGAUAUAGAUCGCACUGUUGCUGUAUAUACAGAUAUGUUUCUGAGUCAAGUGUCACAGCUACUUUCAACUUUCGUCCUGAUAGGCAUAGUGAGCACCAUAUCCCUGUGGAGCAUAUUGCCACUUCUGGUGUUGUUUUAUGCUGCGUAUCUGUAUUACCAGAGCACAGCCCGUGAAGUAAAACGUUUGGAUUCGAUAACUAGAUCUCCUGUCUAUGCACAAUUUGGGGAAGCAUUAAAUGGUCUGUCCACAAUACGUGCAUACAAAGCCUAUGAUCGGAUGGCCAACAUUAAUGGGAAAUCCAUGGACAAUAAUGUCAGAUUCACCCUAGUGAAUAUGGGUUCGAACCGCUGGCUUGCAAUCCGUUUGGAAGCGUUGGGAGGUCUUAUGAUUUGGUUAACGGCAACGUUUGCUGUUAUGCAGAAUCAACGGGCAGAAAACCAGGUGGCAUUUGCAUCAAUGAUGGGUCUGCUUCUCAGUUAUGCUUUAAAUAUCACAAACUUGUUAACUGCCGUUUUAAGACUUGCAAGUAUGGCUGAGAAUAGUUUAAAUGCUGUCGAGCGGGUGGGUACAUAUAUAGAUUUGCCUUCCGAGGGUCCAGCUAUUAUUGAGAGCAACCGCCCUCCACCUGGCUGGCCAUCAUCAGGAUCAAUCAAGUUUGAGGAUGUUGUUCUACGAUAUAGGCCCGAACUUCCUCCGGUCCUCCAUGGUUUGUCUUUCAUGAUUUCUCCAAGUGAGAAAGUAGGGAUAGUUGGAAGGACUGGAGCUGGAAAAUCCAGCAUGCUCAAUGCAUUAUUUAGGAUAGUAGAACUGGAAAGAGGAGGAAUCGUGAUUGAUGGUUGUGAUAUCGCAAAGUUCGGUCUGACAGAUUUGCGUAAAGUUCUUGGGAUAAUACCACAAUCACCUGUUCUUUUCUCAGGUACUGUCCGGUUUAAUCUUGAUCCAUUCACUGAGCACAAUGAUGCUGACCUUUGGGAGGCUUUGGAGAGGGCACAUCUUAAGGAUGUUAUUAGAAGGAAUUAUUUGGGUCUGGAUGCUGAGGUUUCUGAGGCUGGGGAAAAUUUCAGUGUUGGACAGAGGCAGCUGUUAAGUCUUGCUCGUGCUUUGCUGAGGAGAUCCAAGAUUCUUGUUCUCGAUGAAGCAACAGCGGCUGUUGAUGUUAGAACAGAUGCUCUCAUUCAAAAAACCAUUAGAGACGAAUUUAAAUCGUGCACUAUGCUUAUUAUUGCUCACCGACUAAAUACAAUAAUUGAUUCUGACCGUGUUAUUCUACUUGAAGCUGGUCAGAUUCUAGAGUAUGAUACCCCAGAGGAUCUACUUCUAAAUGAGGGGAGUGCUUUCUCUAAGAUGGUUCAAAGUACAGGAUCUGCAAAUGCUCAGUAUUUACGGAGUUUAGUCCUUGGAGAUGGGGAGAACUGGUCGGGCAAAGCAGAGAUGAGGCAGCAAGAUGGACAAAGGAGAUGGCUAGCUUCUUCCCGGUGGGCGGCUGCUGCCAAGUUUGCUCUUUCCACGAGCCUCAUUUCUUCACAAAAUGAUCUCCAGCGGCUGGAGAUUGAAGAUGAAAAUAGCAUCAUCAAGAGAACCAAAGAUGCAGUUAUCACUCUGCAGGGUGUUUUGGAAGGGAAGCAUGACAAAGAUAUUGAAGAGUCACUAAAUCAGUACCAGGUUCCCAGAGAUAGAUGGUGGUCAGCACUCUACAAAAUGGUUGAAGGUCUUGCAAUGAUGAGCAGAUUGUCUCGAAACAAGCUACAUCAUUCUGAGUAUGAUUCUGAAGACAAAUCAAUCAAUUGGGAUAGUGUUGAGAUGAAAAGAUACCUUUCACCCGAUGAAGAGUGACCAAUGCUUGGGGGAUAUAGAGGAAAUCCAAAUUGAAAGUGCUACAAUCAGGCACUAUUCAAAGCACUAUUCAAAGAGGAAGAGGGGAAAAUGUCCAUGCGUCAACUGUGUGGUGGAUGGUACCUACAAUCUGAUGACCAAAUUGCAGGAUUUUACACUGGAAGGGAAGGGACUAUAUCUGCUGAUAAGUUUGUAUUAUGGAAGCAAUAAGUUAUUAUAAUAA